AUGAUGCCAAGUGAUUUGGUGCAUUCGGCUAUCACUGACCUGCGAAUCGGACUCCUGGAUGCUGACACAGGCCGUUCGGCAUUAGAUGAUAAUGGAAAUCCUGCUAUUCGGGCACGGAGCAUGGCUGAGUCCGUUCAGGCUGGCUAUUGCUUUCGCAUUUGCAGGUCGGCGUUUGGUUUGCUUCACAUUGAUGUGUUGGACAAAUUCUUUAAUUCGAACUCUUGGCCCCCACCGCCUACUCCAACGCUUGCUGGGACGUCACCCAUCGGCUCCGGGCUUCCAGCUAAGAUCACGAAGGUCAAAGCGUCACCCAUUCGUGACAAAUUAGAUGACGCUGAAAUUGGCAUUCUUGCCCAAAAUGAGGUCGAUGAAACAUUUGCUGUGUAUCGGGGAAGGUAUCCAGCGGCUCCAAGUUCUGAUCGCAAGGAUGCCGCCGAAGAUCGUUGUCGAGCUGAACGCCUUGAACGUGCGCGGCGUCAACUGAAUCGCGCAUUGAUUGAAGGCCAACAUCCGAAUAGCUUCUGUCCGAAGUUGGCUGACAAGAAAAAACAAGAGCAAGGGCGCAACCGCGGGGAAGCUCGAAGAACUGAUGAGUUUGGCUCGGUCCGAGUUCUCCGCUCCGGGCAGCAGCCUGGGGGAUGGGGCGAUCCAGAGGCAGUGGAAGCAAAUCGUAUUGUCUCAAAGAUGAUCGUUUUGAUUUUGUCCCUCCACAAACAAGGAAUGCUGAACUUAUCCUUCUGCACCAAUGCCCUUACGGUGCAGUCAGCCAAAAUGCUACAGGUCCGUGAAGCUUUUGUUGCUGAAUUUGAGGUUCCGCUCUCAGAUGGCCCAGGUCUGCAGCAAGGCUUAUGGUCACAGUUACUUUUUGAGGCUUCUGAUCCAGAGGCUUCUUGCCUGUCAUCAUGGAUUCGUGAUGGCUUUCCUCUGGGAAUCAGCGAAGAAAUUCACAACACGGGCAUUUUCCCAGCCACGGCAGAAAGUUCGCAGGCAAUCGAACUCAGUCGACUAGAAGGGCAUCUGGCUGAUGAUCAGGAUGGGGCUGCUUGCAACUACCGCAGCUUUGACGAAGUGGUGGAGCAUUCCCAAGAUCUGCUUGAUCAGCUUGUUGCUGCCGGCCGCGUCGACGUGUUUGACAGCUGGGAAGCAGUUAUCUCCCGCUUUGGCAAAGAUGCCAAAAUCACCAAGAUGGCACGUGUUGUCAAAACAAAAAAGACGGGCGAGAUGAAAUGCCGGAUCGUCGUGGACAGUCGCCGCAGGCAUCAAUGGCCUCAUGACAGUUCGAGAACGAGUGGUUUUACCUAA